AUGAACGCGAAGCUGCUCAAGUUCCAGCGCGAGGGCGUCGCCUUCGGCCUGCGCGCCAAGGGCCGCGUGCUCAUCGCCGACGAGAUGGGCUGCGGCAAGAGCGCGCAGGCCAUCCGGCUCUGCCUGCACUAUUUCGCCGAGUGGCCCGCGCUCAUCGUCUGCCCCGCGAGUUUACGCUACACGUGGGCGCACGAGCUGGAAAAAUGGCUGCCGACGCUCGCGCCGAGCGAGAUCAGCGUCGCCAAGGGCCGCAGCGACAAGGAGGCCGUCUGCCGCAAGGGCAUCAAGUUCUGCAUCGUCACGCAGUCGCUCUUCACGGAGUCGUCCGGCGUCGCGAAGGCCGUCGAGGACCGGAAGUUCCAGGUCGUCGUCGUCGACGAGUCGCACGGCCUGCGGACGCGCGACAGCCAGCGGACGAAGCUCCUGCUGCCGAUCAUGAAGGCCGCGCCGCGCCUCGUCCUCCUCAGCGGCACGCCGGCGCUCGCGCGGCCCGUCGAGCUCUUCUCCCAGGUCCACGCGAUCGACGGCGACGCGUUCGGGACCUACAACAAGUUCACGAAGCGCUACUGCGCCCCGUUUAAAGGACGCUUCGGCUGGGACGUGUCCGGCGCGUCGAACGUCGAGGAGCUCCACGGGAAAUUGGCGCGCGUCAUGGUGCGGCGGUUGAAGCGCGACGUCCUGAGCCAGCUGCCCGAGAAGCGGCGGCAACUGGUCGCGGUGGACGCGGCCGGCGCGGCCUUAAAGGAGAGCCGCGACGCCGUGCGCGCCCUCGGCGACGCGUCGGCGGCCAUCUCCGCGGCGUCGAACGACGACGCGUGGGCCGCGCGGGGCGAGAAGAACGUCGCGCUCGGCGACGCGUGGCAGAAGAGCGGCCUCGCGAAGGCGCCGGCCGUCGCGGCCUACGCGCUCGAGCUGCUGGCCAACGAGGGCGCGAAGAUUCUGUUGUUCGCGCACCACGUGGCGGUCCUGGACGCGCUCGAGGCGGACCUCGUCCGCGGGCUGAAGGGGAGCUCCGCGCACUUUCGCAUCGACGGAUCGACGCCGCCCGCGGAGCGCCAGCGCCUCGUGGAGAGCUUCCAGAACGACCCCAAGGUGCGCUGCGCCCUGCUGUCCGUGACGGCCGCGGGCGUCGGCCUGACGUUGACGGCCGCGAGCGCCGUAUUGUUUGCAGAGCUCCACUGGACGCCCGGCGUCUUGGUGCAAGCGGAGGACCGCGCGCACCGCAUCGGCCAGCGGUCGAGCGUCAACGUCCACUACCUCGUGCUCAAGGACGAGAAGGACUCCGUGGACAUGGCGUUGUGGCGGUCCAUCGCGCGCAAGGUUUCCGUCGUCGGCGCGGCGCUCGACGGCGCGAAGAAG